AUGGCCGCACCUCCCACCCAAUCCAAGUACCUUGCCCUGGAGCUGGCUGCCAAGUCCGGCAGCCUUGAUGAGCUGAAGGCAUACACAGCCAAGUACAUCUGCUGCAUGCCGCCCUUCCGCCAGAAGCAGCUGUGCGCCAUGGCUGCUGGCACAGGCAAUGUGGACUGCCUCAAGUACCUGCGUGACAGCGAUGCACAGUGGGAUGAGAUGACGCCAAUGAUCGCUGCUCAGAAUGGAGCAAUCGACUGCCUGAGGCACGCCUAUGAGAAUGGAUGCCCCUUCGACAUCCGCGUGUGCAUCUAUGCUGCUGAGGCUGGCCAGCUGGAGGCUCUGCGCUUUGCAAUUGAUACGGCCAGCCAGCCACUGAACACUGCUGUUGCCUAUGCUGCAGCCGCCAAGGAUAACCUGCCCUGCCUGACCUACAUGGUGGAGAAGGGGUGCAAGGUGGAUCCGGUCAUCGCUGGUGUGGCGGCAUCCCGCGGCGCCAUGUCGUGCAUGCUGUUCCUGGUUGGGCACGGCGUGCGGCUGCGCGCGGCAGACAUCGACUACACGCAGGCCGUGCUGCCGGAGGGCGGCCAGGAAAACGCGAGCAUCCGCUCCCGGGCGCUCUGCCUCAUCUUCGCCCUCAACCAGGGCGCCAAACUGACUCGCCGCCACUGGAACAACGCCGUCGGGGCAAGCGCACAGCGCAUGCUGAUUGAGCGCCGCAAGGCAUUUUACCUAAGCAUCGGCUAUGCCAAGGCCCUGACAGCCGCAGCCAAGACCGACAAAACCACCGCGGCCCUCUUCGACAUGCACAUCAACCUGAGCCCGCCAAAGAAGGCAGCCGGCAAGCGCGUCUCCGGCCCGGCGGCGGCUGCGACCCCGAUAAACGGCGGCAAGGGAAAUAAGGCGGCGGCUGCGGGAGAGGAAGCAAUUGAAGAGGGUGCGUGCGCGUGCGAUCCGGUGCAUGCUCCGCUGGCUCGCAUUCCCAAGGACGUGGCUGAGAUCAUUGCCGGGUGA